GCAGGCGGUUGGAGAGGAAAGUGCUAGCGGGAUCAUGGGUUCUGCGCGCCGCUACUCCUCGGCGCGUUUUCGCUCUCCAUUGUUCUGAAAGGCCAACCGGACCGGGGUGAAAAAAGGAAAAUAGUGGGACAUGCUCGAACUGCGAGUCGAGCAGCCAAGGAAUCACAAUGAAGUCGAUCAUUAAUGCCUUAAAAAAGGAAGUGCCUUUUCGUGAGGCUCCUGCAUACUCCAAACGACGCCAAGGUCCAUCAUCUGGCAACAGCAGUGGAAACAGCCAAUACCCCGCAUCGUUAUCAGCUCCGAGGGUCCUGCUGCGCUCCAACAGUGACAACAAUUUGACGGUCAGUCAGUACCAGCAGCAAGGUUCACCCAGGCACCGGGGACAACAUCAUCCUCAGCAGCACCCAAACAAGGCCCCCCAGCAGGAUCACUCGCAGCCUGGCUCCUCAGCUUUACAUCGCAGCCUGUCACCUCAGCUGCUUCAGCAGAUGCCCAGCGGCAGCCCCAAUGGCAAUGUGGUGGUUCGGACCAUGGGAAGGGGGUCGAGGAGCAGGUCACCCUCCCUCAGCCGGCUGGGAGAUGAUGUCCGACGGGCUAUACCCUCACAGCGCCAACCCAGUCCCAGCAGUCAUGGAGAAGCCCAAGGCACGAGGAGGAAGCUGUACAGUGCGGUACCGGGGAGACACUUUGUGGUGGUUCGUGCUUACACUGCGCAGGCCGAAGGAGAGAUCUACCUCUAUAAGAAUGAUAGAGUCAAAGUUCUCAGCAUCGGAGAAGGUGGCUACUGGGAAGGCAGCGCCCGUGGCCAGGUGGGCUGGUUCCCAGCCGAUUGUGUAGAGGAGAUCCUGGCCAAGGCUACUGAGGAGAGGAGCUAUUCCCGAGUGGACCGUGCUGACAGACGGAAAUUGUUUAGACACUACACUGUGGGAUCUUACGACAGCUUUGAUGCCUCCAGUGACUGCGUGGUGGACGAGAAGACAGUGGUACUCCAGAAGAAGGAAAAUGAAGGAUUCGGCUUCGUCCUACGAGGAGCCAAAGCGGACACACCCAUUGAGGAGUUUACACCCACUCCAGCCUUCCCUGCUCUGCAGUAUCUGGAGUCAGUGGAUGAGGGGGGCGUGGCAUGGCAGGCAGGGCUUCGGACGGGGGACUUCCUCAUCGAGGUGAAUCAGGAGAAUGUGGUGAAGGUGGGCCACAGACAGGUGGUCAACAUGAUCCGCCAGGGUGGGAACCGCCUUUUGAUCAAGGUGGUGACAGUGAGCCGGAAUCUGGACCCCGAGGACACAGCACGUAAAAAAGCUCCUCCUCCGCCAAAGAGAGCUCCUACUACUGCCCUGUCCAUGCGCUCCAAGUCAAUGACGUCUGAAUUAGAGGAACUUGAUAAAGUUGAAGAGAUGACGCAUGCCCAAAAGACAUCACCAAUUGAUAUGAAAAUCGCAACAAUCAAGCCACGGCCAUCCAGUCGUUGCUUGAUUACACCCACUGAACAAAAUUCCAUGUACCAUGACCGCCAGGGAGUAGCAGUUGUCCCACCCACUGUGCCAGGGGUCUUUCUGGGGUUACCAGAGAAGGGCGUGCUUAGGAAGCAAAAGUCCAUAGGUACAUCAGAGGAGGAAAAACAGGGUUUCCUUACACCACCUCUGCUUAAGUUCUCCCGUAGCCUCUCCAUGCCGGAUACUUCAGAGGAUAUCCCUCCUCCUCCAGCCAUUUCUCCCCCCUCACCACCUGCCUACAACCCCCCUGCUGUCUCAACACCCAAGAGUUACGGUACCACAAGACCCAGCUUCACCCAGAACUCACCUAACGCAGUGACAAGUAUUAGUAGAACCUCAGAUAUUGGUACAAUGAGGAGAGGUUAUCACAGACAGAGUUCAGAGCAUUUUGAGAGCCCGCGCACUCGAGGGCGUACACCAGUGCCCGAAAACCCUUACUCUGAGGUAGGCAAUAAAAAUUUGUAUGUGCCAGCAAAACCAGCCCGAAGAAAGGGCAUGCUAGUAAAACAGUCAAAUGUUGAGGACAGUCCAGAAAAAAUAUGUCAUAUGCCAGCAAGCCCAUCGGGCCCAGUUUCCAUGCCUACUACACCUGUUGAGCGAACAUGCUCUUCCAUCCCCAUUCCAACCAUCAUUGUCAAGGAACCAUCCACCAGCAGCAGUGGCAAGAGCAGCCAGGGUAGCAGUAUGGAAAUUGAGCCCACCACUCCAGAGCACCCAUCUCUAAUGCCAGCUGUUGGUGGAAGUGGUGGUUUGCGUCCUGAAGACCCAAUGCCUCUCGGCAACCCAUUUGCGGCAGCUAUCGCUGGUGCGGUACGAGACCGUGAGAAAAGACUUGAGGCAAGAAAGAACUCUAUUUCCUUCCAGUCAGUAGAUAUGGGGGAUGAUGAUUUAAUUGGCCCUACACCAACACCUCGGCUUCGGCAGUCAAAGUCCAUUGAUGAAGGCAUGUUUGGUAGUGACGAGCGACUUAGGAGGAUGAUGGCUCCAGCAGUGCACCUUGGACCUCCUGUCGGGGGAGGCAGUGGAAACAUGACCGAUUUCAACACUCCAGAGCCCACAGUUGUUCGGGAGCCUCUAAACACUAAAACAGGACAAUGUCCUAACUUGGACAGCCCCGUUAGUCUCCCAGCCACACCACCAAAGAGCCACUACAGGGCCAAUGGAACCUACCUUCAUCCUGUCACUGGUAAACCUCUUGACCCUAAUUCUCCUCUUGCUUUGGCCCUCGCAGCUCGUGACCGAGCAAUGAAGGAGCAACAAAAUCAUCAGCAAAAUCUUCCUCAGGUUCCGCAAACUCCCAAACAUGAAGCCCAUUCCCUCCCCCUGCAGCCGAGCCACAAACCAGAUCUUAAUCAGCCACUCUUUAUUGAUACCAAGUUGCGGUCUGGGAUCGAGACGAGUUUUGCUGCAAUCUCCUCGGCAACCAUGGGUCGUCCAGGUCGAGGCGGAUUGCGGAGGCAAAUGACUGAGCAGAAAUACGAGUCUGACGCAGCCCGGGAAGAGCAACAACAUCAGGCAGUUGAAGAGAGGAAAAGUGCACCAGCAGAUGUGGCUGACAGUCCUAAAUCAGAUGGGCUCUUAAUGGUUCACACCAGCACAGAGGCAAGCAACAAGUUAAAUAGUCAAGAGUUGGAAGGGCAGGAUAGCAACAGGCCAUCUGAGCUUAAAGACCCCAAUCAAUCUGAUCCUCGCAGUGGCCCAUCAUUGUCUAUUAAUCUUCAGUCCUCCUCAACACGAAGACGCAGCAUUCCUCUAGGGGAAUCCUUAGAUGAACCAGUGAAGCUACCCUUCCGGAUACCCCCUCCUCCUCUGGCGUCAGUUGACAUUGAUGAGGAUUUUGACUUUGUAGAGCCACUCCCACCUCCACUAGCGUUUGCAAACAGCAUUGACAUCCCUGAUGACCAGGCGAGUGCCAUUGCACAAAUGCUUCAACAACAGAGAAGGAAUGGGGGGCCUCUGCUCCCCCCAUAUAAUGUCCAUGCCCCUCCACUUGUUACUGAUCAACACAAACGAGUGACAAACAGUAUUCCCCCUUCGUAUCCUCCUCCCCCACCAGACCCAGAAGCAGGGAUCAGGGACUAUGGAAUUGAAGAGGUAGACAGCCGCAGCAGCGGAGAUCCUCAGCACAUGGAGACCACCAGCACCGUGUCAAGCAUCUCGACCCUUCCGUCAGAGGGAGGCUUCUGUGACACCACCCUGGAGAGCCUUUAUGGUACUGCAGAUGGGCAUUCCUUCCUGGUGGAUAGACCCCCGGUACCUCCCAAACCCAAAGGAAAAUCAGUCAUCAACAGAACUUCACUUUACCAUGACGCCCUAAUUGAAGAACCACCAGAAUCUUAUGGGUCCCCACCUCAGGCUCUUCCUGCUCGAACUUCAUCCUCUGAACCUCCUAGGACGCCCACUCAAAGGACAUCAAAGCUGUGGGGUGAUCAACCCCCUGAGCUUCAUAGCCCCCCAUCUACACCAGACACCAAGAACACAGUUAUCACAGAGUUGAGCUCCAUUCUGCAACACAUGAAUCGUGAUAGGCCACCCAAGUCAGGAGAAAGCCUCGACUCCCCCACAGGAAACCAAGAGGCCUUUGGAACAAGGCCCCCUUCAGACGACUCAGGAAUGCGUAACAACGCUGCUGCUGUUGCUGCUGCCGCCCUCACCGCCACGCCUCCGAGCAGCCUCCCUUCUCAGACACACCCCUGCAGUCCUUCAGACUCUGCCUCCUCCCUCACCCCGUGCUCUUCACUCCCGCCUUCAGUGUCGCCCACUCUCACAGAUGUCUUCGGUCUACCCACCCCGCCGAUGGGUAGCGGCGUAGGCUACAGUCUGAGCUCGUCGUGCGGCGGGAGCUCGCGUUCGCCGUCGCCGCUGACGCUCAUGCAGGCGGUGGCAGCGUCAGGCAAACCCUUCGUCUCCAAGCCUGUGGAGCUUUGGAGCAAGUACGAUGUGGCCGACUGGCUGGAGAGCCUCCACCUGGGAGAGCACAGAAACGCUUUCCUGGAUAAUGAAAUCGAAGGUGCCCAUCUGCCCUCCUUGCAGAAAGAGGACCUGAUAGACUUGGGCGUCACAAGGGUGGGUCACCGCAUGAACAUCGAGAGGGCCCUCAAGCUGCUGCAGGACAGAUAAGCCCAGAGGACAGGGAGAGCGGGUCGCAGCUGACGGAGGUCUCACUUUGACCGAUCUCUUCAUGGGACGUCCAAUCAAGCCAUGGAAGGUUUUGUCCAAGUUGAUGCUGGCUCUUGCCUUUUUUUGUCUUCUCUCAUUCUCACCUGAGCACUCCAGUCCAGUCAGCCUCCCUCCUGCAGCCCCUGGUAUCAGGGGAUCGUGGGACGUGGAGAGGAGAGGACAGUGCUGGGUGACAUCAAGGGGAACGAGAGAGAGGCUAGGAUGAGGGACUAUCUCUGGAGCAGUGCGUCCUCAAACUGUAGAAGUCAUUUAUUUCACAUGAACACUUGCGCUCAUCCAACUGCAGCUUUGAAAUACUACAGACCUUUUCCAUGUGCCCCACGUGUGGGUGGUUACAUGAAAACCAGCUGAGCUGGUCUUUUUCUUUCCUUUAUGAUCUUUUUCUAUCUUUGCUAGAGAAUAUUAUGAGACUAUUUCUUCACUAGAGUCCUACCAGAGUUAUAUUUCUUGGUGCGUUUAAGGUUGUAGAGAAAAACGUUUGGUUUUCACCUGUUUUUGUCGAGUAACUAACUCAAUUUUGGAUUCACCGUAUUUAUUCUAAUUAUCGCCCAUAUUCUAAUAAUCGCCCAGUGUGUGUUAGAGAUGACAUAAAUAAAAAACAUUUAUACCUCUAAUUAUCGCCCAUGCUGCUAAAAUUGCUGCAAUUGGCCAUUGUGCGCGGCCGUUCCGAUUGGCCAUUGCACGCGAUCGUUCUGAUCGACCAUUGCGCGCGGUCGUUGCGCACCGCCGUUCCGAUCAGCCAUUGCGCUCGGUCAUUGGGCAUUGUUGGAGCGUCGCUGUCGGAAUGUGAAUUUGCAUUUUGUGCAAUUUCAACCAAGAGGAAGUGUGCGGCUUUGGAGCGGCCAUUGCGAGUGGCCGUUCCGAUCGGCCAUUGCGCGCAGUCGUUGCGCGUUUGAAGUAUGCUGCGUUCCUUAAGAACACCAGUGAGAUGCAGGUAUUGCAUACUACAUAAGGAAAAUAUACAUAUUAUCGCCUAUUUCAGUGCCCCUUGGCAAUCGGACAAAAAGUGUUCUCUAUUAAUCGCCCACCCCUCUGUUGGACAUAAACCUUCUCUAAUUAUCGCCCUGGGAUUGUGUACUAUUCCUUACAAUGACACUAUAGCCAGAGUAUAUAUUUAAUAGUUAGCAUUCUUCAACACGGUGGACACUUCAUGUGAUAUCAAACCACUUCUUCUCAAAUACUUCCAUGGUGUGUAUUUACUCCCACUACCUGUGUUUUCCAAUUGAACUAAACAAUUCACUAAUGAGAGGUAACAUGGUAAUUAUUUUUAUUUUUGAAAGUGCGUAAUCAUAGACAAGUAAAGAUUAAAACAGCAAAAGCUCAGUUUAACAGAUUGAAAGCAGACAGAUGCAGAAAAAGACUAUGAACAGAUGGGACUGAUCGGGGAGUCGCUAGCCGACUUGCUUUAUUAAUGUGCGGCUCUGUCAGAGCUGACCACAACCAUUUAUCAAGGGAGGGGGGACUACUGUUCUUCCUUCACAAGUCUUGUUCACAAGCACUGUUGUGAAACUUUGAACAUUUCUCACUGAUAUGCCAGCCACUCUCAUUUUCUCAGCGGUGCACGCAGUUUACUGUUGAUGUUCACAUUGCUAUAUUUCUCACAAAUGUCACUUCAAGUUGUAUUCGUAUUUCUAGGAAACAACCAAUACGUGUGAUGGUUGAGUACACUAACAUAGCUGCAUUGCAAGCUGUUCACUUGCCCUGUGUGCUUUACGGCAGUGGUCCCCAACCUUUUUUGCGCCACGGACCGGUUACAUGUCAGAAAUAUCUUCGCGGACCGGCAUUUAUACAAAUAAAUAAUACAUUUAUAUAAAUAAAUAAAUAAAUAAAUAAUACAUUUAUAAUAAAUACAUAAAUACGAUGAAAUAAAAUGAUACGAAUAACAUACAUGAUACAUAAAAACAAGUACAAAUGACAAAAAUAAAACUCACCAUUACGUUGAAUUAGUGGGAGCACUGAGUUUGUUUCUCAGAAACGAGCCGGGCCCAUCUAGACGUAAUCGAAGACAAUGACACUCGAAGUGAUUAAGGUUUGUCUUUUAUUGCAGGAUGCUUGGUCUCCAUGUGUUGAAGCAGUUUUGAAUGCUUCAUUGCCUUGUUAGUUAGCCUGUCGCCCCAUAUUAGCUUUGCGGGCUCGACUGGGGAAACAUGUCACGUGACCGGGACGAGUGUCUUGACCUGAAUUAAUUGAUCGUCGAUAAUAUAUAUUUUUUCUGUGCGGCUUAGGGGCCCGGUACCAAGUGGCCCACAGACCGGUACCGGUCCGCGGCCCGGUGGUUGGGGACCACUGCUUUACGGUUCCGGUUCCGCUAUCUUUGUCAUGGAACAGAGACAGGGCAACCAAGUGCAGCACUAUCCUUUAUUGGAAAAGGGGGAAAGGGUAAGUGGAACGCUGGACUUGCGGUCUGGCAGGCGUGGCUGAGCAGCAGAGCACAGCGCGUAAUCGUAGUCAGAGGCAGGCAGGUUGUCCAGGCAGGUGGCGAUCAGAAGCGUGGUCAAUGGACGAGCAAGUAGUCGGGGCAGGGGGCGAUCAAAGCGUGAUCGGUCAGUUUACAGAAGCAGUUGGCAACAGAGAUCGUUCAGGGGACAAAAAGGCAGUGGUGUCAUGGGCAGGGUAAGUAGACGAACUGAUAACCACUGGCAGAAUACACAGAGGUUAAGUAGGGGACCUAACGAGCUGUAGCAGGUGCUGGCAAUUCCUUGAUUGGGGCUUGGCUGGAAGUCAGGUGAUGCAGGAACGUGACAAUCUUCAGUCUGUCCAGUACAGGGGUCUCAAACUCCAGUCCUCAGGGGCGGCAUUCCUACAUGCUUUCCAAGUUUCCCUCGUUAAACACAGCUGAUUCAAAUGAGCAGUUCAUCCUCACGUUCUGCAGGAGCCUGAUAAUUGAAUCAGGUGUGCGGCCCCCGAGGACUGGAGUUUGAGACCCGUGGUCCAGUAGAACCUUUGUGUUUUACCUCAUUGAACAAAUACUGGGAGCGGAAGUGAAUUGAUGACCCGAAGCAUUUGAGUGAUCUGAUCAUAUCACUAUGAAGAGUUAUUUCCAAUGAGGCGUAUUAGAAUACUUUUUAGUGGGCAUUUUGUCUCACGGAGACAGAUGGUGAGCCAUUCUUUAAGCAAAAAAAAUGAAGAUCAGGAGGAGCCAAAUACCAGUCUGGCCCAUAGGAUUUUUUAAAGAAGAGAUGCUAACAUCAUCAAAAGUAUUUCUGAUUUCAUUGUACACAGAGAAAAAGCAGCUUUGUGUAAUCCCCUUCUUAGCCUAUGUCCUUGAAAACUGUCUUGUUUCAUGACUGUAAAACAGUCACAUGGAAGAGUAUUUUAUUAAUCUGAAUCCAGAAUUUAAUCAUCCUUUAAUUAUGUUCUUUAAAUCAAUAUUAUUAGUGUUGUUUUCAUUUCUAUCCAAAGCUCUAUUUAGAUGAAACAACAUCCUUUUGAGGAAUCAAGACGGUAGCAUAGUAAAUACAUAAAAAAAUGAUUAUCCAUUGAAAAUGAUGCUGCAAUAAGAUACAGGUUUGUCUUCCGAGAGAAAUUGUGUAAUGGUUUCUCUCUUAGGCAGAUUCGUGACUUUAGACUAGCCUAGAGUGCUUGACUUUCACAAAGUAUCACUUGUCCGCUUCAGGGUUUUAUGGUGAAAGAGUGUCAACAUAUAGCACAUACACUCGCCCUGCCCUUCAAACCACUGUAAGAAACAAGGUGUGAGUUCAUGUAUUGUAACUGGAUCGCUUUUGGAAAUGCCAUGGUUACUGGCUGAGAUGUACAAGUCUAGUACAUGAUUGAGAUGUGUAUAUAAGAGUGUUUUAACAAGAGUAGAUAGUAUGUCUACAUAAGUGAGUGCAUGGAUAGAAGUAUUUCAAGGCUUUGAGCAGAAAAAAUCUUGAGAAAGAUUCCUCUCUGGCCUAACGGCCAAAGCAGCGCCCCAUCAAUCCAGUGAGGAUCCCUGAAAUAAAAUAUCGGGUCCCUGUGGUUCACCAUUCCGUUCGCUACCGAGCCAAUUCUUUCAGUGUGUACUUCUCGUGUGAUUUGAUACGUCGGAAAACCCAGUGUCUGCAAAGAGAUAUACUUAAAAAUUUAAAAAUUGCUUUUAUCACGCUCGGCUGCAAGGCCCAAGGCGCAGCCUUGCAGGAGUUGGAUGAAACCGACAAACGCUCUGUGUUCUGUGAACAUUAGCGGCAGAAAGGCACCUGGCACGGGACAAUGCUGCUAUAAAGCUGCAACUUAUUUUCAAAUAAACAGUAAUGUGUCAGCAGCGGUCGAAAAGCACAGUAUUUUUAAAUAUUUGUAUAGAGUUCUAUGACGUUUUAUAGAGAUUAUCUUAAAAAAUAUGUUGGACACUGGUGUGUGGAUUUGCCAAAUACAUCAAUAUUUAACAGAACUAGAUACAACCGCGGAUAUUAUCAUUAGACUUAUGGGUUUUAUAAGACGCAAUAUUUAUUCUCAACGAAUCUCCUUUGUUGUGGUUUUUUUCCCAUUUUCAAGUGACAUAUCACAUUAUGCUUACUUGUCUGUAUUGCAAUGAACUGUUGCCUCGAUGCAGUCUACUAAUGUUGUAGAUUUCACAUGUUGGCCAAUCAAGUGACCACAAAAAGCAGGUAUCUUCUGACCGCCACUUGCCUAUCUGCCAUUCUCUAAAAAUCCCUGACUCAAGAGAGUGCAACUUGUGUAUUUCAAAAGAUAUAUAAAUCUGUACAUUUUUAAUAUGUCUGCAAGCCACCUUAGUAGAGAACUAUGUGCACAUACAUCAAUCCACCCUCCAAAAAAUUUGUUGGGGCUGUUGUUUACUCUCAGUGAGUGAACAAGUCACUAAACAGUGUUCUGUGUGAAAAUGUAGAUCUGAGUAGAUGUAGUAAGAAUCUUCUAAGAGUGUCACGAACCAUGUUUAGAGACAUGGCUCACUAAACCCACUUCCACUCCCCGCUUUUAACGCUGCUCCCUCUAUUCUCAAUGUUCCACAUUUGGCUAACCCGUUGUCUUUUUCUUAACUUCAUUUUAGUUUCAUUACUAGAUUUUAUUCUUUGAUUAAGUCUUGACAUAGACUAAGCUGUUUUCAGUAAUUUGUGAAAAGACUUGUGUUUGUUUUUCUAUGUUGCUGUAAUUUUGUGCUUCAAAAAUCAUCAUAGAAUCAACAAACUACGAAAAUGAAUAGAGAGAAUUGUCCUGUAAGUGCACUCUUCAUUCCGUCCCGGCCCCUCAAAUCCUCAAGAAUUCUUGUAUGGCAACCAAAAGUCACUGUAAGAAAUAAAUAUAACGUUGCACUAGU